AAAUCCUUGUCGGUGGCGCAUCUGUAGCGGCAUUGGAAACACAGCGCUGUGAUGUGUGGGCUCCUGCAUUGUGCCGCACAAAUGCACUGAUUCAUCCGCACCCGUUUCAGUUUAACUGCCCGUUACUCGUCCAAAACCACCGAAGCUGGAAAUCUCCCUUAGAUCCAACACUUACACAUAAUGAGUGGACAUCGGCUGUGCUGCUCCGGACUUCACUAUUAGUCUCCACAUAAGCCAUCAAAAAGUAUCCUAUAAAAGAGUGUUCUGUGGAUCCGGGGACAGCAUGGUACAGGUGGAGGAGUCUCAAACCGAGGGAGAGGGCAGCCCCCAGACGAUCUCCGAGGUAUCGGGGAACCACGUGGACGAUGGAGAAACAGGGCCUUCCGUCAGGAGGAAGAGGAGGAAGAAGAAAGACCCGCGUCCGGAGUCCAUUAUUGUUUACCGCUCUGAAAUGGAGAGGGCGCCCGGAGAGGACCAAGACGUUGAGGAGGGAGCAGAGAGAAGCUCGGAGGAGGGAGCGAAAUUCCUCUGCACACCUACUGGCGAAGGAGGAGGAUGGAGUCUUCCUCCAGACAGCCGCUACGUGACCCUGACAGGCACCAUCACCCGGGGGAAGAAGAAGGGCCAGGUCGUCGACAUCCACCUCACCUUGACGAAGAGGGAAAUCCGGGACCUGGCCAAGUCGAAGGAACGUCUCGACGCAGAGUGCGAGGCCGGGGACGGCGGCAAUCGCGCCUGCAGUUUCGGCGUGUGCCACGGGCCCCACGUUGUCCUGUGGAGCCUCUCCUGCGCCCCCAUCAUUUUCCUCCUCUCCUUCAUCACUUCCUUCUACUACGGCACUCUGACCUGGUACAACGUCUUCCUGGUGUACAACGAGGAGCGGACGUUCUGGCACAAGAUCACCGUAUGCCCCUUCCUCAUCAUCUUCUACCCCAUGCUCAUCAUGCCCGUGGCGCUGUCGCUGGCUCUGUACUCCGCCGUGGUGCAGGUGUCCUGGGCCUUCAGCGAGUGGUGGCAGGAUGUGAGAGACCUGGAGAAGGGCUUCUGCGGCUGGGCCUGCGGGAAGCUGGGACUGGAGGACUGCUCCCCGUACAGCAUAGUGGAGCUGCUCGACUCGGACACCGUCUCCGGCACCCUGGACAGCAAGGCCCCGAGUGAACUCGCCCAGACGUCCUCGGUCUGAACGGGGACUUACAUGCCAGAGCGUUUUAGUCACGGCAAAGCACUUGAAAUCUGUUUACUUUUCUGUAAAUUAAAACUUACAAAACACUGCCUGAAUUGUCCGGAAAUGCUGAACUGUGUAUUAUUUUGUAAAAACACUAUUGGGUUAGGAUCAUUCUAAAUGAUUCCCUUUAGCGUGGGAGUGGAAUGUUGGAUAUUACAUUUAGGUUGUCAUAUGGUAAGUAUUGGUAUUCUUCAAUCACUGAAUCCUACACAUGAUCUUGUAAAAUACAUGUAAGUUUAGAUAAACUUGCGGUGGACAUUCAUUUGAGGCCUGGAGGUCAAACCAAGUUUCCCUUCAUCUGUAAAUAUCUGUAACUAAGUGUGAUCACUGCAGCUGUGCACUGAAAUCAGAAUUAAGAUGCAUUUCAAAGGCAAAGCUGUCUCCAUCGUAAUCACUCUGUCAUGUGGUGGAGGAAGUGAGCCUGGAUUAGUGACUAGAAAAAAUUAGCAACUGACCCAGUGGAUUUGUUUGUGAAUAUACAAUAUAUGCACCUUACAAUGGGCAGUUUUUUGUCAGCAUGUAGUUUUAAGGAUACGGAUGGCAUUACUUUAUAUUUUUCCAAAUGAACAGCAUCAACAAUGUGCCUCAUUGAUGUGUUUUAAUAUGUACGGCUCAGUGGAAUAAACUACGUCAAAGAUUUUGAUACACUGGAAUAACAUGCUGGAAACAUUAAUCCAGUGCUGAUUUUUUAUUGGAUUUUGUUGAAAAUAAGAAAAAUAUAGAAUAUUACCAGUCUUAUCCUUUUAUAAUUGUGUUAUUGAGGAUGGUAUUGUGCUUAUAUAUGGCAUAUCCCCAAAAAUGAUCUGUAUUUCAUCAGGAAAUACACCAGCAUAUGGGUACUUGUUUGUGUCUGGGCAUCUAGGCUGAUUUUAGUCAUGACGCCAUGUGUUUCUGCUGAUGUCUUCUGUACUGCAUCUGUAUAUGUGUGUGACAGAGUCCAAAAAGAGAACGAGGAAGUGGAAUCAAUAGGGGUUCACGGCAGGUUAAAACAGCCACAAUUUGAAGCCAUAGUCAAGGUGAAGCAUUUCUUUGGUGAAGUAACAUGUUUCAUGUAAUCUAAAGCUGCAUUCACAGGGUUGUGAUUUCAAAGUACUGGUUUUGUUCUCAUUAUUUAUUUUCACACGUGAGCAAAAUUAAGUUCACUGUAAUUUUCUACCUGUGAGUUUCUGUUAUAUUUUCUACACAAUCAUGUUAGGACUAGUGAUUUAAUUUAUAUAUUUCUAAUAUUUAAGUCUGGUUCAAUUCCUGAAAUUGUUCUAGCUAGCUGGUUUAUACUCUGGAAUUUUGAAUUAAAUGUAUUGCAAACAGCCAACAUGCACCUCUUUGAAUGGAGCUGGUUUAAAAAGAUCAGAUUCAAUAUUCAAUCAUUUAUAUUCAGAACUAACUGGCUGAAGUAAUUCAGUGUUUGUGGAUUGAGUCUGUAUUCCACAUCACAUGUUGUGAAACAUGCAAAUAAAAAAAUACACAAAUUGAAUAAUGUGUUAUGUCAUUACGUCAAAACUAUGUGAACAUGUUUUAAUCUCUACUGGGGAAAACAAAACCAGCAGGUCAAUGAUUUUGGUGGGGCUCAUUAUGUCUAGGAAAAACAUACGUCCCAGCAUGGUCCAAACCAAUGCAGAUGGCUCUCUGGGGUUUGGGGGAUGUGAUUAUUGGCACCCUGGUGUGACACUGUGAGGCUUACUGAAGAAAAUCCAUAUGUCCUAAAACAGUAUAGAGACAAAAGCACAGUAAGGGUUAAUACUAAUGUACAGACUUGCAGACCUGUUAUACAGUCAGUUUUUGUUAAAUCCAUUUUGAAACAAUUAAGGUUAAACACUAAACACAGACUGUGGGUCCCAUUUGUUUGGCAGUGGAGGGUCUGGGUCGAGAGAAUAUUUUUGUAUUAUUAAUGUAUGCUUCCAAAUAAUGUUUCUUUAAAUUAUACAUUAAUUUCAUAAUGUAUUUUGAAUUACGCAUUUAUUUAUUUGUCAUAACCAUUGACCUAAUUAUUUCACAAUUUCUUGCUAGUGGGAUGCACAUUUGCUGAGACUCAACCCAUUUUGCAUUAC